UGGAAAUAGAGAGGCUGGGACUGAAUCCCUGUGAUUUACUGUGACCGUCUGGCGGUCUUUGGUCCCCGAAGCCGAGCCUGCAGGAGGAUCCGUGUCCUCUGGAUUCUGCUGGAUGUGACAGCAGCUCUGGUCGAGCAGGUUUCCUUCUGUCCUGAAGCCAAACUGAACCCUGGUGAACCUGCCGAUGUGCCGCCGCCGUUCAGACUCCAGUGGGACUGAAAGCUCACCGGCUUGACGCGCCUGAUGAUUAUAGAGACGCUUCAGUUCUCCGUGAACUCCUGCAGACGAAACCAGACUCUUUCAGUCCAGGUCCAGCUCUUCUGGUCCAGGUCUGGUGGUCCUGUGCGACCUGUAGCCUGAGUCUCCUGCCUUGACUCCCAGUUUGGUCUCCAUUAGCUGCUCCCAGAUGUGGGCGUUCCAGAGGGAAGGCUUUCCAGGCGACAAGACAGGAAUGCAAAUACGAAUCAAGUCCGUCCUGCAUCUGUCUUCUUGGGUGUUGGACUCGAGGCUUUGGGGGUCCAGAGGUCGGUCCACGACCUGCUGGAUUAAACCUCUCCUGAAGUAUCGGGUCCAGAACAGCAGGGAUCGGGGAUUUCUGAGGUUCUUUGAGUUUUCUACCAGUUUAUGAAGGAAGUAGCUCCUCAGUUUGACUAAAAUAUCCAGAAAUUUAUCUCAGUUCUAUUGUUUUUCUUUUUAAUCUGCUGUGAGAAACUGAACAAUUUUAACAGUUGUGAUACUUUUAAAAUAUUCAUAUGGCGUUGAACGUCUGGGGUCCUGGAUAGAAGAUGUGGGUUAGGGUUUGUUUUCUUCCAUUCUCACACGCUCAAUGGAGUUUUUAAUGACCGGAGUUUAAUUUGAGGUUGUUUGGAUCGUACCUGUGCUCCCAGACUUUCACCUUUUAGAUCGAACAGUUUGGUAUAUUUAAUUUCUUAAUUUUCUCGGCUAGUUAACUUUAGCUUCCAGGAUGAAUUUGGCUGAAUAAGCGUUUCAUUAAUCUUUCUGGCGACACUGGAAACUGUCACAAACCAACCAAUGGUGGUUUGAUGGGACGCUGGUUUCCAGAAACACGCCGGUCUUCAGACGUGAUUUAAUUGUUUCCUCCGGCGGGCCGGUGCCAGGUGACACAACCGCCGGCGGCACGUCACAGUGCUCGUAACGCGCCGUGCACGCCUCGCGCUCGCCGCUCAUUGUUUUUAAAAAUGUCGUGUGACGGGUGAAGCUCUUCUGCCCGGAUGACGCUCGGCAGGCGUCGCCUGGAAAUUCAGGUUCAGGUUAAACUCUGGCCGUCUGCCACCGCCGCUCUAUUUUCAGGAACCACGGUGUGUUGUUGUUGUUGUUGUCGUAGGGUUGUGCGUGAGUGCCGAGUGUCAUGUGCUUCCUUUGUUUUCACAGAAAACAGGCGUGUGUUAGUGAAGCCGGGAUGUUUUUGAGGUUUUGUUUUCUCGGCUGCUCACCCCGCUGAUGCUUGACUCCUCCACAUGUGGAACAAACAGGCUUCAUUUAUGGACUUUUUCAUUUUCUUUUUUCCAGAUUGUUGGUUUUCUCAGUUCCUCGGGUGGAGUCGCUCUAGCAGUCGGCUGUGAUAGAGGUGGAGUCCUGACCCCCCCCCCUCGCUGCUCCGCCGCCCUCGGGUAUCAUGAUGGAGGUGGCCGGUCCGUGGACCGAAGUGUUCGAGACGUCGGAGAGGCCGGAGUCGCCCGGGGCGGACGAGGCGCUGCUGGGCAGCUCCACCCUGACCCUGGCUCCUCUGGUCAGCAAGUCUCCGUCAGUCCGACGCUCCCAGCCCAUCCUCAUCACCCCCAACAGGGUGAAGGACUCGUCCUCGUCGUCGUCCUCCGUCCCGUCCAUCCCGAACCCGUUCCCCGAGCUGUGCAGCCCCUCCAAGUCUCCCGUGCUGAACAGCUCCUACCCUCCACAGCUGGGAGACAAACAUCUGAUCAAGGUGUACGGGGAGGACAACCACAGCCGCUCGCUGUGGGUCUCUUCUGGAGCGUCGGCCCGGGAGGUGUGCCACAUGCUGGUCCAGACGGCCCACUGCAGCGACCAGGAGAACUGGGCCCUGCUGGAGCUCUACCCGUCGCUGGGCCUGGAGCGCUGCCUGGAGGACCACGAGGUGGUGCUGGAGGUCAAGGGGACCUGGUCUGUGAAGGGCGACACCAGGUUCAUGUUCUGCAAGAACUACGCCAAGUACGAGUUCUUCAGGAAGCCCACGCUCUUCUUCCCGGAGUCCAUGAUCUCCGACAGCGCCGACGUCAGUAAGGGGCUGAUGUCCUCCGAGCUCAUCCAGAACCUGCUGAAGUCCGGAACGUGUCCGGAGAUCCAAGGCUUCCUCCACAUCAAGGAGUCCAGCCGGAAGGCCUGGAAGAAGGUUUACUUCUUCCUGCGACGCUCCGGGCUCUACAGCUCCACCAAGGGCUCGUCCAAGGAGCCUCGUCAUCUGCAGUACGUGGCCGACCUGGACGAUCUGAACGUCUACUCGGUGGUGAACAGUCGGAAACUGUACGGAGCGCCGACGGACUUCACCUUCUGCAUCAAGCCUUCCAAAAACCCCAUCCGGGUCCAGGACCUGAAGAUCCUCUGUGCUGAGAACGAGCAGACCCGGACCUGCUGGACGUCGGCCUUCAGACUCUUUAAGUAUGGGAAGCAGCUCCAGUGUAACUAUCAGCUGUCCAAGUCGGCUCCUCGGAGUCUGGAAGGAAGUAACCUCACCGAUGGAAAAUCAAAGUCUGAGGCCAGCCUGGUGGCCAUGGACUUCUCAGGGAAGGCUGGAGGACGGGUCAUCCAGAAUCCAAUGGAGGCCGAGAGCGCAGGGAGGGAGGAGGGCCAGGCCUGGAGGAGACGAGAAGCUCUGCGCUGCAGCCUGCCCAACCUCACCUCUGCUGCCAGGCCGUCCUCCAUCCACAAGACUCAGCCGUGGUUCCAUGGAGGAGUUUCCAGAAAAGAAGCUCAGAGGCUGAUUGAGAAGCAGGGCCUUGUGGACGGCAUGUUCCUGAUCCGGGAGAGCCAGCAGCACGCCCAGUGCUUCGUCCUGUCGCUGUGUUACAAGCUGAAGACCAAACACUACCUGGUGAUCCCGUGUGAAGACGGCGGCAGGAAGUACUUCACCAUGGACGACGGGCUGACGCUCUUCAUCGACCUGCUGCAGCUGGUGGAGUUUCACCAGAUCAAUAAAGGCAUCCUGCCGGUCUGCCUCAAGCACCCGUGCGUGUGCGUGGCGCUCUGAGGACGUCCGGGCAGACCGCCGACCCCCGCCCCUCGGGAUUUUAACCACUCCCACAACACGUGCGGCUCCAGACGGGUUGUUCUUUUAAUGUGUUCUUAAAGAGCCGCGUCAGAAAAACACUCCUGCACUUUCAUGGGAAUCGAACCUGCUGCCACGACAGGAGGAGACCACCAGAGGGUGCUCUGAGGCCACGCUCAGACGAGAAGGGGACGGAUGAUGGAUUUCUGAUACUGUUGUCGUGGAAACGGCCCAGGUUGCAAUCAUGUAGCAAAAAAAACCCCUUUUUUGUGUGUGUGUCUUUUGAAGAGGAAACGCUUGUUUUGCACAGCGACGGUGACGGAAGAUCCACUCCGAUGACGGACAUCAGACGGAAACGGAGUUCAGGAGAACUGCAACGCCGGUACGUACCAGCAGGUGGUGCAGUUUCCACAGGUCAGACGGCGUUGUAGCCAGCAGGUUAGCUCGCUCACCUCCUUGGAUUUACAAUGAGUUUGCACGCCUGAAUGUGGAGUCGAUCAGGACGUCCGACUUCUCCUGCUUUAACUCCUAAUUCCACACUGAAAAAAAAAAAAAAAAACUUGUAAAUAAACUGGGACUUUCUGCAUCUUGAAGGAAAAAAAACAACCCUCUUCAGUUCUUGGUUUGGUGGCUGUGUGAAUGUUUGUGACUUUUGCACUUCCGCUUCGUGUUUUUAUCAUGAAGGUUUGUCGUUGAAAUGUCUCCUCAGCUCUCAGUCGUUUUGUUUUGUCCGGCAGUCUUUUGUUAGUUUUAUUUGCAUCAUGUGUCUUCAUCAGGCCUGUUUUUUAUAUAUUGUGAAUUAAUAAUUUUCAUAUUAAA